AUGUUAAGCCCGGUUGACCAACCUCCAUUGCCCGGCCUUCGAGAUUUUUCGGGCAAAGACACAAGCCCACAAGGCGUCAACGAGAUCUUGGAAGUAGUGGAUCAUCUGGCAAGCGGAAAUAUUCCCUCAUGUGUGAUCGGAGUCAAGGCAUUGCGCUACUAUGGUGCCGCCAGGGAAUGGGACCUUUGUAUUCCCGACGACAAACUUGAAGAAGCCUGCCAUGUUCUCCUCUCCACGGCCGGCGGAGACAAGUACGAAGUUGCCCAGGGGCCCCAUCCCGUACCUUGGUCCCGGCGUCAUACCUUCACUUGUUUCCGCCUGAAGGGUUACAAUUUCUGGUUUAUCCUGGUACCAUCAUCAGACUGUUUCGUCGACCCUUCAACCGCCAGCCAUGUGGAGAAGAGUAGGAACGGCGUGCCGUAUGCGUCUCUGGUCCAGUUUUCUCGGUCACUGCUCUUGCAGCAGAUGGUGGCCGACAUCUCUGAUUUCAUUGAUGGGAUGGAUCUCACAGUGGACUGGGGGACUCAGAACAUUGGGUUCGAAGCGCUCCAGAAGGACAGCGCCUGUUUCAUUGAACGUAGGAACGAACAUGCGACGGUUGAUAGUGGCCGAUACGGUUUUCUUUCGUCGCAGUCUUUGGAACAGCUGUGGAACGAGAUGGCAAGUAAAGAGGCCAAGGAGAGGCGCAUAGAGCCGAUGAAACAGGGCCGGUACUUCACGCGAUGGAGGAGAAUCAAGUCUCCGGAGGAUCCCAGGACCAAGGACCGUCCGGUGUAG